AUGCCUUUCGACUCGACAUUGGGAGCUGCUCUGAUCGGCGGAUUCAUUGCCACCAUGUCCUAUGGGAUCAUGAGCCUGCAGUCGUACAACUUCUUUCAGCGAUAUAGUCGCGAAAAGAUUGUCCUGAAGUACACAGUUCGCGCCUUGUGGGCCCUCCACACCCUACACUCCGCUCUCGUUACAAACGGACUCUAUACCAUCUUUGUCACCGGCUUCGGCAAUCUCGCCUCGGCCGCUGUUAGUCCAUGGAGUAUAGCAGCAAGCUCGCUCUUGAACGCCAUAAUGAUAUUGACAGUCCAAUGGUAUGGCUUAACCUAUGCUAUUGCUCUUGCUCUUACCGAUUUUGUUUUCCGCAGUUCCUACUGUCACCGCAUCUGGAAGUUUGUGCACUGCCUUGAUGACAUUUGCAUUCGGGUUGGCGUCAGAGAUCAAGCUGUGAGGAUCUCUGGCUCAGCUCGUGAUGAUCCGCAUGCUUACAAGCAGGACAGGUUUAUCCUACCCUCGUUUGCCGCGUAUAAAUCCACGGAGUGGAUGCUCGCCGUUACGCUCGUAUGCGCCUGUUUGACAGACCUCUACAUUGCGCUAUGGCUGUGUUGGUGGCUCGUACGUCAGCGCAAGGGGCUGAACGAUCGGACUAGUUCAAUGAUUAACAAUAUCAUCGUCUACACAGUCGCUACGGGUCUCAUCACGAGCGUCUUCUCUCUCACAGAAUUGAUCACGGCCGCGACAUUACCCAAUAGUUACGUUUUCAUCGGAAUUGAUUUCUUCCUGGGUGGGGUGUACACGAAUUCGCUGAUGGCCUCGUAG